AAUGCAUUUGGCGAAGAUCUGGGCUCUGAUCUCUGGAAGUACCUUAGCGACGGAGCAUCCGAAAAGACACAGAUGGAUGCAGCAAUGUUCAGCAGACGAUUCUCACCUUUGCUUGGUUCUUCUCCGAGCAGUUGCUUCGUGGAAUAUCUGCUGCCAGCUGAGCAUCUGUUACGAAUUUGUGCACAGUGCGCUGGUAUCCAGCCCGAUGAAUGCGAUGAAGAUUUUGUCGCAGUUGUAAGCAGUGAAAUGGAAAAAGCGGGAAGCAGUGCAGAAGCGUUGCUUUGCUGGAUAAGCAACACAUGUCCACAUUUGUGGGAUUGUGUAAAAAGCCGACUCGAAAGCGUUUUCUUAACAGUGGACCCGACAAAUGUUAUUCAGCACCUCAUAUGUGUCACAGAAGAGGGAUUGUUGCAGAUGCUGGAUAAUCGCUCAAAACUAUUGUCACCGUUUAAAAUGUGGUUCCUGCAGUGCUGUCUUCCGGACGUAUAUUUUGUUAAGCAUCUCAUAUGUGUCACAGAAGAGGGAUUGUUGCAGAUGCCGGAUAAUCGCUCAAAACUAUUGUCACCGUUUAAAAUGUGGUUCCUGCAGUGCUGUCUUCCGGACGUAUAUUUUGUUAAGAGAGAAGGUGCCGUGCAGAAAUGGACCUCACUCUAUUCAAGUUUUGAACAUGGCAUAAGUGCAACCAAAUUUGAACAGCUUGUAUUCUGUUAUCGUGGCCCAACAGUCACUGUAAUUGAAAUGGAAGAUUCAUCGAUCAUUGUGCUGGCCGUGGACCAAGAAUGGAGCUCACCAUAUCUUUAUUUCAGAUUUGAACAGCUUGUAUUCUGUUAUCGUGGCCCAACAGUCACUGUAAUUGAAAUGGAAGAUUCAUCGAUCAUUGUGCUGGCCGUGGACCAAGAAUGGAGAAACAGUGGCUCGAGAUUUGGUGCUCAGAAUUGUGUAUUCGUGCGACUCGCUCCUUUCUUCAAACGCGUUUCGAAGAAUUCGCCGAUGUAUUGUAAUUUCAAGCUGCGCACUCACGCGAGAAAGCUUUCAUUCGAAGAGGAGUUUGAAGUAGACCCUGAGCUCACUGGCAUUGCUGAUCUUGAGAUCUUUGCUUGUGGGGGCACAGAAUCCCUGGAAGAAAAGCGCUUCAUGGACGAGCGUCGUAAGCGACAAAUUGAACGCAGCAAGAAAAUGCCGCUUCCUGGAAAAUGGGACGAAAAUCCAGACAAAUUGUUGCUAGAAAUGGCUGGCGCUUAUUCUACAGAUAACCGUCGCGAAGUAUUUGAUCGAAAUGAUGGCUAG